AUGGAGUCCAACACAAUUGUGAUGGCAGCGCUGGGAAGAGCUCUGCAUCCUGGCACGCUGUAUGACUGCCGCAGGGAUUCCAUAAUUCCAGGUAUCUCUCUAUGGGAUAAGGAAACAAUAAAAAAGGGUUUGGAUUCAUAUCGUCAGCCCAAGACCGAGCUGAAUUUCUCUGCAUCUGACUCUCUCAAUGAGAAAGCCAAACUCCUAGAUGUGAGCGCCUCCCUUAAAGCUAGCUUCCUGGGUGGUUUAGUGGAAGUUGGAGGCUCAGCCAAGUAUAUGCGUGAUAACAAAUCUUCAGCACGUCAGAGCCGGGCUUCUCUGCAGUACAGCCAAACAACAAGAUAUGAAUCACUUACUAUGGAUCAAAUAGGAAAUAUCACCUAUCCUAAAGUGUUUGAGGAAGGAACUGCCACACAUGUUGUUACUGCUGUACUGUAUGGAGCUCAGGCUUUCAUGGUGUUUGAUCUAACAACCAAUGAAAAUGAGGACAAAGAAGAGAUCGAGGGAAACUUAAAUGUAAUGAUCGAGAAAAUUCCUUCACUUUCCGUUGCAGGACAAGGAGCUCUAGCCAUGAGUGAAUCAGAAAAGAAACUAGCUAACAGUAUUAAUUGUACAUUUUAUGGUGACUAUGAACUUGAGCAGAAUCCCACUACUUAUAUGGAGGCCCUCCAGCUGUACAGAAAACUUCCAUCUCUUCUGAGGGAGAGGGAGAAUGAUGCAGUACCAAUGAAGGUGUGGCUUUAUCCCCUUUCACGACUGGGUGAAAAAGCAGCUACCCUUGAGAGAGAAAUUCACAAGAAGCUGAUCACUGAAGCAGAAACUUUACUGGAGGACCUGAGAAAUGCAGAGACUCAAUGCAAUGAUCUAAUUACAAACACGACUAUAAACGAUUUCCAGGAUGUGAGACAAAGGCUGAAGAUGUUUCAGGAUUUUAUAGGAAGCUACAAGAUGAUGUUUCUAAAGGCUCUGUCUAGGCUCAUUCCUGCUAUUCGUGGUGGAACGGAGCAGGAGAAGGCCAUAACAGAAAUCAUAGACAUCCAUCAGAAGUCUCCGUUUAGAGCUGAGAAGCUGAAUGAGAGGCUUGAGUACAGUCAUGCAGAAGUAAAUCUGAUGAAUCUCUAUACCCAACAACUGAGUGGUGUCCCUGUUGUAAAAUACUCAGCCCUGAGGAACAUUCUGUUUAAUCCCACUGUUGAUAGUGUGGUGUGCUUCUGCUUCACUUCUCUGAUGGAUGAAGACCCAUAUCUGUCAAUUCUAACAAAAUUUCUGAAAGUGGAUGAGUUUGAAAAACUUUCAGUACCUCUAGAUUCAGCUGAUCAAGACAUCAAGGUCUGGUUCCACAAACCUGAAGUAAUUGAGAAAAUAAAAGAUAAGCUAUAUCUCUUCAAAGGUUUUUUCCAAGCUAAUAAAGACAAUACACAAAUGAGGUUUAUCAUUGUGUCAGUCUCCGAUCCCUCCAAUCCUGGAAUCUCUAUCCGUCUUUAUAAAAAAGGGAAAAUGGUAGACAGUGCAUUUCAACCUGUGUCCAAACCACCUGCACCUCAGGUGGACAUUCAGGACAGAAAUAUAAUCCUGAAGCUGCAGAAGUCCCCAACUGGAUCAACAGAGCGGUUCAGAGUGGAAUACCGGAUAAUAAAUGCCACUGAUUCUGAAGCUGAUGUGGAAAAAUGGGAAGUGAAAGACACUCCAGAUGCUCAGGAGAACUUCACACUGACUGGAUUUCAGCUAACAAAGCAAUACAGGAUUCAGUACAGAGCGAUUAGUGAAGUUGGAAUGAGUGAAGCCAGCGACUCUGUCCUUGUCUCUGUUCAUGGAAAAUAUAAACUAUCUUUGAGUCAGCCAUGGGUCAGUUAA